AUGGCGCCAGACAGCGACACACUCGACUCCUGGGACGCCUACACGGACUCCGAAGAUGAGAAGCAGCCGGAGCCGAGGGGCCAGGAAGACGUGGCGAAACUCUCCGAAAGACUACAGUCGCAAAAGUUGAGCGAGUCUGCGGACAGGGAUUUCGUGGACGACCUGUUCUCAGUGCCCGGUAAGGGUAGAGGCGGCGGUAGCGACGACGCGGAGGCCGACGUGUUCGCGCAGAACCCGAUCCAUGCCAUCAUUCCCACGGAUCCACUGGCACACGUGUCACUCAAGUGCCUCAAGGACUGCGACAAUGUCGCGAAGAAGCUAUCGCAAAAGAUAGAACAGAGCCAGGCGAAAAGCGCCGUAUGGCUGCAGUUCAUCGACACUCUCUUCCAGGCCUGCGAGAAGAAAAUAGAGCUGAAGGACUUGCAAACCCUCAAACGCAAGAUAGAAGCGGCCUUAAAAGCCAAGGAGGCUAAGCAGAGCCAGGUCACCUUCUCAAAGAAGAAACCGAAUGAUAUAUCGAGCGUCAAAAACUACCAGGACGAGCUAGACAUGCUAUACGGCGACCUAAGUGACGAAGAUGAACCAUUCUACUACCAGUAA